AUGGUGGAUGACAGCAUGGAGAUAGCUUCCGAGCAUGGGCACAAUACAGCCGAGGAAGACAUCGAUAUCGAUAUCGAUCUCACUACUGGCAAUGUUGACGAAGAUGAUAUUCUAGAUGAUAUCGAUGCAGAUGCAGACUUCGAUACCAAUAUUACCGAUGUACCCGCACAUGUCGAGACGGACGAUCUGAUGGUCGACGAUGACGGUGAUGAUGCAUCAUACCAUAUGGAGGAUGCAGAAUUACUGGAGGAGGAAGCUGAUGAUCACGUCAUGGAACAGGAGCCUGCCGUUUUGUCGUUUGUAACCGAUGAACCUUCCGACACUUCUUUUGCUGAGCUACACGCCACAGAGUCAAAUUUCGUGGAUACUGGCAUUUCCGAUCAAUUUUGGGACGAACCCCAAGAGGUACAAGAGCAAAAUGAAGCUAUGAAUGCGCAAGACAUAGAAGUAAAUAUACAUGGCUCAGAAACCGUAGUCGACAAUAGUGCCGAUAGUACAAAAAAUUCAGAUUCCAAGGACUCCAAGGAGUUUGCACCUAUUUCAUUUCCUCAUCCGCCCACUGAUGAAGACCCACAAUCCAAUAGCCCACCAAACCCCAAAUACGAUGGCACUACUCAAGAAGAGCUUGAAAACAAUGUUAAUGAGCCAACAAAUUCCAUCGAGGCAAUUGAUUCAAAUAUAUAUACGGAGGAUGGAGAACAACUUGGCUUGAGCACUGCAUCUGCUGAAAGUGACCCAACCGAUCUCAAUUCACAUACUGAAGGACAAAGGCAAGAGCAAGAACAAGAGCAAGAACAAGAGCAGCCAGAUUUGAUCACAGUCUCUGCGGAAAGUGGCUUGAUUGACACGAAUGAUGCUACACUCGAGUCUACGAAAGAUUUGGAACAUCAAUAUCAUGCUCGUGGAAUAGUAGUCAAAUACAAUAACCGAAAUUAUCCAUUGAUCAGGAAGUCUUCCACAGAUCACCCUAACGAUUUUUUCUUCGAAAAUUCCUCUGUAGUUGAGAAAACCUUGAAUGAGUUUUGCUCCGAGAUUCGUAAAGUCCUCGCAGAAGAGAACUUGCCCCAAGAUGACAAGAUUAGCCUGGUAAUAGAGGAGCUCCAAUUAGUGAUUGAAGAGACGCAACUCACAAGCUAUCCUCCUGACUUGAGCUUAGGCCAGAUCAUUCGCCUAUAUGAACAACUAGUCAACAACGACGGCACUGGAGAAAUCCCCCCUUUGAAUCUGAGACUUGUUAUCCAGCCUACUGGUCCUGAUAGAUUUCUAACGCUCUCAAAAGGGGCCGCUGAGGGCAAGGGACUACUUGACUAUGUGACUUGGGACGCCGAAAGCGAAGAUGAUCCGACCGAGUUCGGAGAUCAGACGGAACAUUAUGACAGCGAAUCUUCCCCCGACGAGUACAACACCGAGCUCGAGGAUGGAGAAAAGUCUCUCAAAACCAUUGAUACACAUGACGAGAACUAUGAUCCUGGUUCCAAUCAUGACCAAACAAAUCAAGACGUAAUUUCUACCAUUUCAGCCAGUGCUGAAACUCCUCAAGUGGAGCAGGAGAGUAAGCAAGGAGAGGUUGGAAACCAAGAGUCAGUAUUAACAACGGAUCGCAAAUCACCUGAAACUUCGGAACAGGUCAACAACGAGACUGAAGAAGAUGGAGACUUUAUCGAUUAUGAAGAUGAAGAGGACUCCGAGAAGCCCUCGGGCGAUGGAGCUCUGAAGUCCGAAUUGCCUGAGGCCAAUGCAAGUAGGCUACACAACGAAGAAGAGUAUCCUCGAAAGCUAGUCUCCAACAAAAAAGAGAAUGGUUCUGAUGAACUAAACGACCAACUUGGCGACGAAACGACCCCUACUGAUGAAGCUGUACCACCCAAGGAAACAUUUGACGACGUAGAAAGCGACAUUGACUACGAAGAAGAGAACGCCGAAAAUAAGUUCGACGGCGAGGAAGAAGACGGAGCAGCACCGAAUGACACUGAAAAUGCAGAAGAUGAAAUCGACUUGAACGCCACCAAUGACGAAGAUCGUGAGUAUGCCUCGUACGAGGACAAUAACGAAAACGAACAACACGAAGAUGAAAAAGGCCUUGAAUUAGCAGAUAAUAGACCAGAAGUACCUUGCGAUGUUAAUGAAAUCGAGCAGAAUGGAGACAGCGAAGCUUUAGAUCUUGCGGAUCAUACUCUGGAAACAAAUAACGUGGAAAUUAGUUAUGACGACGAUGUUGGAGAUAGACAGCAGCAGAACUUUGAGGGAGACGAGUUUGAUUUAGGUGUUGACGACGAAGAAACCGAGUUCCUCCAAAACUACCAAUUAGACGAUGACGACACUUUCGAUGAUAACGAACUCCUGAAUAUGUCUGUGGGCGAGGUUAUCUCCAAUACAAAUGCUACCUUCGAUGACACAGCAGCCGAGACAGACAGCGCUACAUUGAGCAAUGCUUCGAUCGCCGAAGCCCAGGCAACGAAGCUUAGUUUCGAUAAUGGACAAGACCAAGAAGACGAGAUCGAUUACGAUGAAGACGAAAAUGAAGAGAAUCCCCCAUCUCUAGUAGUUGCUCCUCAGCCUCCAACUCCAAAGUCAAAUGAUUCACCCAUUUCGACCUCAGGGAAGAGGCCCAGAGCUGAUGCAGACUUCGAAGAUGGCGAUGGAUCGAACAUCAAUGAAGCUAAGCGAAUCCGCUCAUGA